GCCAUGUUUGUUAUUUUGCGCUGGCAAAGCUAAACAGGCUGCAGUAGUGGAUUCAUAUUCCAUUUCACGGCUCUUUAUAUAUAUUGUCUUUCUCCCCCUCAAGAUUUUUCUCCCAAAGAUUUUCAGAUUCUCCUUUCAACACACACAUCCUUGUGAGGUUUUGAAAGGAACGAAAGAGAAAGAAAAUCGAUAAUGUCGAAAUCAGGAACAUUUGAUCUCGCAUCUGGUGUUGGCGGAAAGAUCGAGAAAAAGGAAGUGCUUUCAGCUGUUGAUAAGUACGAGAAGUAUCAUGUCAGUUAUGGAGGAGAAGAGGCAGACAGAAAAGAAAACUACACUGACAUGGUAAACAAAUACUAUGAUCUAGUGACCAGCUUCUAUGAAUAUGGCUGGGGAGAAUCUUUCCAUUUUGCACACAGAUGGAAUGGAGAGUCGCUUAGGGAGAGCAUUAAGCGUCAUGAGCACUUUUUAGCUUUGAAUCUUGGCUUGAAACGUGGACAGAAGGUGUUGGACGUUGGAUGUGGUAUUGGAGGACCGCUCAGAGAAGUUGCUAGAUUUAGUGGCACUUCUGUUACAGGGUUAAACAACAAUGAAUACCAGAUAACAAGAGGCAAGACACUUAAUCGAGCUGCUGGAGUUGAUGGUACCUGCAAUUUCGUGAAGGCCGACUUCAUGAAAAUGCCUUUUGCUGAUAACACCUAUGAUGCAGUGUAUGCAGUAGAAGCGACCUGCCACGCCCCAGAUGCUCUAGGUUGUUACAAAGAGAUCUACAGGGUGUUAAAGCCUGGACAACAUUUUGCUGCAUACGAGUGGUGCAUGACUGAUUCUUUUGACCCCAGUAACCAAGAGCACCAGAAAAUCAAGGCAGCAAUUGAGCUCGGGGAUGGCCUCCCGGACAUAAGGCACACAAAACAAUGUCUCGAAGCUCUGAAGCUUGCAGGGUUUGAAGUUAUAUGGGAUAAAGAUCUUGCUGAGGAUUCGCCUGUGCCUUGGUAUUUGCCUUUGGACAAAAGUCACUUCUCUUUGACUAGCUUCCGUCUUACAGCUAUGGGACGUUUUGUCACAAGAAAUAUGGUGAAAGCCUUGGAGUAUGUGGGUCUUGCUCCUGCAGGAAGUCAAAGAGUUCAAAUGUUCCUCGAGGAAGCUGCUGAAGGCCUUGUAGCUGGUGGAAAGAAAGAGAUUUUCACACCGAUGUACUUCUUCUUGGCACGCAAACCACUAUCAGCUUCAGAAACUCAAGACUCAUAAGCUGCAUGUACCCUGUUUUUCUUUGGCUUGGACGUUCCCGUGCAACUAUGAGAUGAGCUGGAAACCUAUUUUACAAGCUUCACCUUGUUUGUAAUUCCACAAGGGCUCAAGCAAAUGAAUAGACCUUCUAAGAUGGAACUGACCACUAGAGUAGCUGAUAACUAUCAUUACCAUUCGCUCUCAUCUGGUUGCUUGUUCUUUUAUUGCAUUAGAUUUGUUAUCCACUCUUUAAUUUAUUGAGUGUUUGUUUAAUUGACAGUUCAGUGUACUUGAUUUUGUACUGAAUCUUUACACCCGUGCUAAAAUCUUCCGAAAAAGGCAA